AUGACAGCUACCCAGAAACACUACCUCUUCACGCCGGAACCCCACUAUGUCCCGGGCUAUGCCGGCUUCUACCCGCAGCUGCGCUACCAGGUGGGCAACACCUACGGGCGGACCACGGCGCAGCUGCUCACGGACCCCAGUGUGCAGAAGAGCCCAUGCUCCGUGCUGUCCCCCAUCUCCAAGCCCAAGUUCAUCGAGGACUUCAGCACCUCCAAGCCGCCCCCGACCCCCUGCCGGGACCUGGCCGAGCCCUACAUCCCCCACUACACAGGUCUGAAGCCCUUCAAGAACUUCGAGAUCCUGGGCAAGUUCUCCCCGCCAGAGGCAGAGGCGGAGGCGGCGGCAGAGGCGGCGGCGGAAGGACCCCCGGGGGCAGAGCGCGCGUGCUGGGAGGCCCCCCUGCCUCCGGGCUUCAUGCCCUAUCCACCCUACGCCCCGUGCCCACCGGGCAGGAAGACGGUCUCCAGGGGCCUCGGGCACCCGGGCAUGCGGCUGGCGUACGGGGAGGAGGCCUGGAGGACCACCCCCCUGCGCGAGGCCCCUGGGCAGUACCAGCUGUACCACUGCAGGAGGGACGAGUACCCCAGCCCGGGCCACCAGGAGACGACCCUGGACGUGGGCAGGUUCCAGAGGCUGCCCCAACUGGACCACCCCAACCUGAUCCAGCGCAAAGCCAUCUCAGGCUACGCCGGCUUCAUCCCCCGGUACGCCUGGGUGAUGGGCAUGAACUUUCGCAAAGGGGUCACGCAGGCCAUGGACGAGUUUGACAAAAGCCAGUUCCUGUCUAGAAACCCCAUCUGUGCCCUGGGCAGGAGGCUGCCCCGGACGUACUGGCCCAGCAACACCAUCUCCAACAGCCAGGGCCUGAUCCCCUUCUACAUGGGGUUCAUCCCGUACAUGCAGGACCACUACGGGAUGACCUUCGGCAACAGCACGCGCAUGGCCUACCGGAAGGAACAGGAGCGGAAGCGCCGGGCACUAUGAAAUGCUUUAAUGGUGUCUGUACAACUCAGAUGUCAGGAAGGAAGAGCAGUGCGACAGUGAGACAGGGUCAGGAGGACAGACAGAGUGAAUAAAGAGUUCUCACGCUUCCACGCUUCCGGCGGCAGCAGCUUAGGCCACCUCCUCCUCCGCCUCCUCCUCAAACUCGCCCUCCUCCUCGGCCGUGGCGUCCUGGUACUGCUGGUACUCAGACACCAGGUCGUUCAUGUUGCUCUCCGCCUCGGUGAACUCCAUCUCGUCCAUGCCCUCGCCCGUGUACCAGUGCAGGAAGGCCUUGCGCCGGAACAUGGC